CUGUUUUGUGGUCCAUAAGCGCUGUCAUGAGUUUGUCACUUUUUCCUGUCCGGGGGCAGACAAAGGACCUGCGUCUGACGAUCCUCGUAGUAAACACAAAUUUAAGGUCCACUCCUACUCCAGUCCCACCUUUUGUGACCACUGUGGCUCCCUCCUGUAUGGGCUGAUACACCAGGGCAUGAAAUGCGACCACUGUAUGAUGAACAUCCACAAGCGAUGUGUCGCCAACGUCCCGAGCCUGUGCGGAACGGAUCACACGGAAAGGAGAGGACGCAUCCAGAUCUCCGCCCAGAUCGACCAGAACAUUCUCAUCGUCACCAUCAAAGAGGGAAAGAACCUGGUGCCCAUGGACCCAAAUGGCCUGUCAGACCCGUACGUUAAGCUCAAGCUGAUCCCGGACCCCAAGAGUGAGAGCAAGCAGAAGACGAAGACCGUCAAAGGGAACCUCAACCCCACCUGGAAUGAAACGUUUUCUUUUAAACUCAAAGACACCGACAAGGACCGCCGUCUCUCAGUGGAGGUAUGGGACUGGGACUUGACCAGCCGGAACGACUUCAUGGGUUCGCUCUCCUUCGGCAUCUCAGAGCUACAGAAACAAGGAGUGGAUGGAUGGUUUAAGCUGCUGUCCCAGGAAGAAGGUGAAUACUUCAGUGUUCCUGUCCAGCCGGACGGAGAAGACGGCGACGAGGGCAUACGAAAACAGAUGAACAACACAAAAAUAGGUCCCGGAAAGACCAAAGAGUCGUCCUCGGUUUACAAGUACGACAGCAAUGGCAAUCAGGAUCGCGUCAAGAUUGCAGAUUUCAACUUUGUCAUGGUUCUGGGAAAAGGCAGCUUUGGAAAGGUGAUGCUGGCAGAGAGGAAAGGUACAGAUGAGUUGUAUGCCAUCAAAAUCCUAAAAAAAGAUGUGGUGAUCCAAGAUGACGACGUAGAGUGCACCAUGGUGGAGAAAAGAGUUCUGGCUCUGGGUGGAAAACCACCAUUCCUAACUCAGCUGCACUCAUGUUUCCAAACCGCGGACCGGUUGUAUUUUGUCAUGGAAUAUAUCAACGGAGGAGACCUCAUGUACCAAAUCCAACAGGUUGGCAAGUUCAAGGAGCCUCAUGCUGUGUUCUAUGCAGCGGAGAUUGCAAUUGGUCUUUUCUUCCUUCACUCCAAAGGCAUUGUGUACCGAGACCUGAAGCUGGACAAUGUGAUGCUGGACGCUGAAGGCCACAUAAAGAUAGCAGACUUUGGCAUGUGCAAAGAGAACAUGUUUGACGGCAUCACAACAAAGACCUUUUGUGGGACGCCAGACUACAUCGCUCCCGAGAUCAUAGCCUACCAGCCUUAUGGGAAGUCUGUUGACUGGUGGGCUUUUGGGGUACUGCUUUAUGAAAUGCUUGCUGGACAGCCUCCGUUCGACGGUGAGGAUGAAGAUGAGCUGUUCCAGUCGAUCAUGGAGCACCACGUUUCUUACUCUAAAUCCAUGUCCAAAGAAGCUGUCGCUAUUUGCAAGGGGCUGAUGACAAAACACCCAGCGAAGCGUCUGGGCUGUGGUCCAGAAGGAGAAAGGGACAUCAAGGAGCAUGCCUUCUUCCGUUAUAUCGACUGGAAAAAGCUGGAGAAUAAGGAGGUCCAGCCUCCCUUCAAACCAAAAUCUUGUGGGCGUGAUGCAGGGAACUUUGAUCGCUUUUUCACACGCAACCCCCCAGAGCUGACCCCCCCAGAUCAGGAAGUAAUAUCCAACCUGGACCAGGAAGAUUUCCAUGGCUUCUCAUUUGUUAACCCUGAGUACAACGGGCCAACUCACUGACCAUGUAACAUAUCUUCUGGCUUUAUAAGAAAUCAUCCACACUUCACAAGCAUACUUUAAAAGGAAAAACCAGACAAAAAUGAAUUCUUAUGAUGUCAUAUCAGAGUUGCAUUCGGCAGACUUUAACCCAUUAAGACCUGAUGUAACAUAUUAGCACUUUUUAUGACUCAGGUCUAAAAGGUUCAGAGAUGUUUGAGCAUUUGGGGAAGAGUAUUGUUACCUUCUUUUUUUUCCAAAAGUGUGUUAAGUAUACUUAACUGGUAAGAUGGAGAUGAAGGUGUUAGCUUAGUUUAGCAUCUAGCUAAAACCUCCCGAAUUAUCUGUAAACUGAAAUCUUGCCUUUUUUACAGCCUACAUUCUAAAUAUCUUAUUUAACAGUGAUUGUUGGAUAUGGGAAAAAUUCAGUACAAGUUAAAUCUUUUCAUCUAAUUUAAGAGAAAUCUUGCAAUUAGCUUAUUACAUAAACCGCUUACCUUACCCAAUUCACCAACCUCCUUACUAGACAUCUUGGUCAUGUUUUUCUUGUUGUUUAUAGUUUUAUAAUCAAUUUAAAAAAAUUAAACACCAAGAUACUACUAACAAAAAUGGAAAAGUAGUAUGACGCCAAACUGGGUCAUCAAUUAAGGGGCUGAACAUGUUAGCUUAAUUAGCACCGCAAUUUACAGAAUUUACAACCUAUUUACUGCACGUCUUGUUUAACAGUUUUCUUUCUUUCUUUUUAUGAACUAUACUGAUAAAACACAGCAAAACAAUUAAAAAGUGAAAAAUAAAAUUACAGCAAACUGGUUCAUCAAUGAUGUAGCUGAAUAAGCUAGCUUCAUAUAGCACAGCAAAAAACAAAACAAAAAAAAACGCAGAAGCAUUUAGAAACCGCUAAUUUGCCUAUUUUUCCAACCUACUUGCUACACGUCUUUUUUAACAGCAGUUGUUUCAUUUCGUGAACAACAAAAAACAGCUUUGUAACCUUUUGCCUUAAAUAAUCUUGUUGGCUAACUUGAGCAGAGCAUAAAGUUCAGUGUUAGCUUAGCUUACAGUAGCAUAAAGGUCAGAAUUAUGUGGGAACCAGUAGGCCUAUCUUUACUAUUUUUACAACAGACACACAUCGUGGAAGACCUGAUACAUUCUUUGGUGUUAUUUUUAUGGUUUGUUAAAUAUCACAUUUAUUGUUGAAACAAAAAUUGUAGUUGGCUUAAAUUAGCAGCGAGGGGAAAAAAAAAUAUUAAGCACUGGAUUCAAAAAUGGUUGUUAAAUACUAUUUCGUGCAUUUUAUAGUCUAAAACAAUAAAAUGGCUAACCUCUCUACAUGAAUACUUGAAAAAAGUUAUUUUCUAUUUUCCCUCCUGUUUAUUAUUGAGAGAAAACAAAAGUAAUUUAAUCGCUGUUGUCAAUUAAAUCAGACAUUAUUUAAGCCAAAUUAACCUAACAUAGAAAUAGUUUUCUUCUUUUCAAUUAAUUUUAACAUUGUCAUUGGUGUGACGUGGAUAUUUGGGUCUACUUUAUUAUUUCUGGAUUCUAUCCUGAGCAGACUUUUUUUUUUUUAAAGUGAAAAAUAUAUUUAUGUCAAAAUCAUUCCAAGCAGUGCAGCUAAGGCUUUACCUGUUUACAUCCUUGUAUAGCUGCCACCUCUUCUCUGCAGCCAUGGUAAAAACUGUUGAGGUGAAUCAAUACUGGCUAGUUAAAUAGACUCAAAAAGAUAAAUGUCCAUCUCCCGAACGCUGAUGAUUUCUCUUGUAAAGAUGUCAGAGACUAUACUGCAGCUGAAUACCACAGAGUUGUUUUAUCUCUUUGUGCAUACGAUGGAUCCAAAGGGAUCUGAAAGGCGCUUUUACUCCAGCUUGCUCUCUGUAUUCUAAACAAAGCUUAUCACCUUCCCUCUCCACCUCUCCACCUCUGUACCAGACAAAACUUUAGACUUUGACUUUUGAAAAGAAAGCAAUAUUGCAUCCCCCAAAUGCCAGCUCAUUUAAAUAUUGUUCAGAUAGAAAUACAGACAUAUGCACAACUGAAUGCAGCCAGCCCAAAUGAUUAUAUAUAUAUUCAUGAUUCAAGAUGCCAGGCCAGUAUGUUUUCCAGUAGCGACUCUGUUCUGGGACCACUGUAGUUUAGCUUGUAACUGAUGCUCUUGUGUCAGCUCUACUGGCUGUAUUUCUAUCUUCAGUGCAGAAAUGUUGCAUGCAUCUGAAUGCCUCACAUCAGCAAGGCUGCUGGAUGCCGGAGUCCGACCUGAACGUGCUACGUCUCUGUGUUGCCCUCCCUGUAAACUGCAUAUUGAUUAGGACAACCCGUCAUUGUUGUUGAUGAGUGUACUAUGAUCACAUGUUGGUAAUUCAUACAGUGUAAGUGAAAACUGACCGAUUGCUAUGCUAUAAUUGUUUGACUACUAGUUUCCUAAUGUUGGCUUUACUUUAGCAGGAUCAAAUACUAUUACAUUUUCUGUUUGGUGUUGUGGUGAACUUACCUGCAUUCUUUCUGCUGGUUUAUGAUCCUUGUGCACAAAAGCAGCAAGAUUUACAGAUUUCUUUUGUUUUCAUUGAAAGGUCAAUGCUUUUCUCUGGAGACAAGUUUUCCCUGUUACACUGUGUUUUUAUUGACUGAGGGCAUAUCUUUUCAUGUAAACAAUUGUUUUUCAGAAUUUACCACAUGACGUAGACCUUUAGACUUUUGUGAAGUUGUUAGUUGUUUAUCCUCCAGAAACUUGGAUUUCCAAAAGUGCCAAAAUAGGUUUCAGACUCAUGAGGAUGUAGAGAAAUACUGCUCCUAACAGCUGUGAUAAAGAGCAGCCAUCUUGUGCCAUUUUGCAAUACAGGUGUGGUUAUUAUGAUACGCAUUACAGCCUAUCCUAACUGUUCACCAACGUUAUAACGUCCCUUGAAAGUCCUUUUCAUAUAUAAGAUGAAAUGUUUAAGUUGUAUCAUACUUUUGUAACUGUGUAACGAUACAAAGUCGUAACAAUGUGUCAAAUCUUGUUCUUUGAGCUUGUAUCACACAACUAGGUGGCAGGAAGACAACAUCAAAGACACCUGCCUUUUAAAAUACCACGAUUCUACCAGAUAUGAACCAUAAGCACUAAUCGUGAUAAUGGUAACUGUGAAAAAUCAGUGUUGAGAUACACCAGAGAAUAUAUAUGCGAGUUCUAUAUCAGAGAAAUAUUUGAAAAAGUUGUUUCUGAAUGGGAGAGAUGCUAUUGUUGAUUGUGUAAUUGCCCCGUAUGACUGGAAACUGAUAAUAUACUCACUGGUGCCUGCCAGACUACUUC